AUGCGGAACGGUCUUCGAGCUGGAAAAUUUCUGGACUUCAUGGUCAUGCAUCCACCGCAGACCUUAGAAGAAGCCCUCGAUGCUUCGGAUAAAUUCAUCCGGGCCGAGGAAUGGAACAAGGCAAAGUCGCAGUCCCAAUCAGGGAUUGUGAAGCCAAAAGGCCAACCAGCCGAAGUUCCAGGAUCGAGGAAAGGGAAGACGAAAGCCUCAGAACCUCCCUCGACCGCUGAGCCGAAGAAGGACAAGGCACCCUAUACAGGGAGGUUCGAAUCUUACACCCCUCUCACCUUACCACGUACUAAAAUAUUUAGUGCGACGAAGGAAGAGGGAAGAUUCAAGAAGUCGAAGCCACCUCCUUCGUGGCAUCAGAAGAAGGGGAAAGAUCAAUGGUGCAAGUUCCACGAAUCCAGUGGGCAUCGCACCGAGGAUUGCCUCCAGCUAAAGGACCAGAUUGAAGAGCUGGUCCAAAAAGGAUAUUUAAAGAAAUACAUCGCGGAGCGCCGCGAAGAAAAAAAAGCCGAGAGAGAUUCUCGGCAGGAUCUGGACUUCCUCCGAAAAAAAGACAAGCCGAAUGGCGGGGGAAACCCUGACAUUCUCACUAUUUGUGGAGGAAUCUCGCGGAAUGCGCUGAAACGCCAUUUGAGGGGUUUAGCCCAUAAAAUACACAAUGCCGAAUUUCGAAAGCCACAGUCUCCGGCGCCGAACAUGAUGUUCACAGCCGAAGACUGCAGGGGGGUGGUGUACCCUCACGACGACCCGUUAGUAAUUGUGACGGGAAUCGCGAACCACAACGUCUACAGAACUCUUGUGGACGGUGGCAGCGGGGCGAAUAUACUUUUUCGAAAGGCAUUCGACCAGCUGAAGCUGGAGAGCAGACACUUAACUCCAGUUCCCUACCCGGUAACUAGGUUCAAUGUCUCUUCUUCAUACGCAGAUGGGAAGAGUCUUCUUCCUGUCUCCCUAGGCCGAGACCUAGCAAAACAGUGCAUCAUGGCCGAGUUCAUGGUCGUUGAUGUCCCGUCUGUGUACAACGUGAUUACGGGGAGACCCUUCGUUCACGAUGUUCAAGGAGUCGUCUCUACGUAUCAUCAAACGAUGAUAUAUGUUUUAGACGAGGGACGCUCCAAAAAAAUCUUCGGAAGCCAAAAAGAGGCUCGAAGGUGCAAUCACCUCAAACCAUCCAAAAGUCGCCGCGACGACAAGAAUGAUAAGGAAGAAAAAGAAAAAGAAAAAGAAAAAGAUCGAGGUACUAAAAGGCCUAAGGGAUUAAGUGCUUCGGCUUAA